AGGCGGCGCGGCGGGCGGGCCGAGCGUGGCGGCUGGGCCUGCAGGCUGCGGCGGCGCUGGGCUUGGUGCUGCUGGAGGCGCCAUGGACGCGAACGGGGGGCUGGUCGUGACGCCGGAGUCGGCACCCAGCUCGGAGCAGGGCCCGGAGCCGGAGGAGGACGCGCUGGCCCAGGCCGAGUUCGCGGCGCUGCACGGCCGGGCGCUGCGCGCGUCGGGGGUCCCGGAGCGGUACUGGGGACGCCUCCUGCACAAGCUGGAACACGAGGUUUUCGACGCAGGGGAGAUGUUUGGGAUAAUGCAAGUGGAAGAAGUGGAGGAGGAAGAGAGUGAGGAUGAGGCAGCCCGGGAAGAGCGCACGAAGAAGCCCAACCCGGGCAUCGAGCUCUGCUACAAGGUCAUCGUGACCAACGAGAACGGGCUCCAGGCGGCCGACCCCAACAGCAUCUUCCUCAUUGACCACGCCUGGACGUGCCGCGUGGAGCACGCCCGCCGACAGCUGCAGCAGGUCCCUGGGCUGCUGCACCGCAUGGCGAACCUGAUGGGCAUUGAGUUCCACGGUGAGCUGCCCACCGCCGAGGCCGUGGACCAGGUGCUGGAGGAGAUGUGGAAGUUCAACCAGACCUACCAGCUGUCCCACGGGACGGCCGAGGAGAAGGUGCCCGUGUGGUACAUCAUGGACGAGUUCGGCUCGCGCAUCCAGCACUCGGACGCGCCCAGCUUUGCCACUGCGCCCUUCUUCUACAUGCCACAGCAGGUGGCGUACACGCUGCUGUGGCCCCUGAGGGACCUGGACACAGGCGAGGAGGUGACCCGGGAUUUUGCUUAUGGAGAGGCAGACCCUCUGAUCCGGAGGUGCAUGCUGAUGCCCUGGGCCCCCGCUGACAUGCUGGAGCUCAGCUCCUGCACGCCCGAGCCGCCCGCCGAGCACUACCAGGCCAUUUUGGAGGAAAACAAAGAGCAGCUGCCUGUCGCCGUUGAUCUGGUGACGUUUCCCCGCGACCACGUCUUCAGGGUCUACACGGACGUGCAGCAGGUGCUAAGCCACCUCACCCACCCACGCUUCACCUUUACCCAGAGUGAGGCGGACGCCGACAUCCUCUACAGCUUCUCUCACUUCAAGGACUACAGGAGGCUCAGCCAGGAGAGGCCCCAUGUGCUGCUGAACCAGUUCCCCUGCGAGAACCUGCUGACGGUGAAGGACUGCCUGGCCUCCAUCGCGCGCCGGGCAGGGGGCCCCGAGGGCCCGGCCUGGCUGCCCCGCACCUUCAACCUGCGCACAGAGCUGCCCCAGUUUGUCAGCUACUUCCAACAGCGGGAGAGGCGGGGCGAGGACAACCACUGGAUCUGUAAGCCCUGGAACCUGGCCCGCAGCCUGGACACACACGUCACUAAGAGUCUCCACAGCGUCAUCCGGCACCGCGAGAGCACCCCCAAGGUUGUGUCCAAGUACAUUGAAAGUCCUGUCUUGUUCCUUCGAGAAGACGUGGGGCGGGUGAAGUUCGACAUCCGCUACAUUGUCCUUCUGCGGUCGGUGAAGCCCCUGAGGCUGUUCGUAUAUGACGUGUUCUGGCUGCGAUUCUCCAACCGGCCCUUCGCACUCAACGACCUGGACGACUAUGAGAAGCAUUUCACUGUCAUGAACUACGACCCGGAAGUGGUGCUGAAGCAGGUGCACUGUGAGGAGUUCAUCCCUGAGUUUGAGAAGCAAUACCCAGAAUUUUCCUGGAAGAGCGUCCAGCCACGUAGGCUCCCUGAUCCUGCCUCACUUGGUCCCCAGGCUGAAAUCUUCCAGGCCUUCACUGAGCUGUUCCAAGUGGCAUGUGCCAAGCCACCCCCUCUGGGCCUCUGCGACUACCCCUCGUCCCGGGCCGUGUAUGCCAUCGACCUCAUGCUGAAGUGGGACGGCCAUCCAGAUGGGAAGCGAGUGAUGCAGCCACAGAUCCUGGAGGUGAACUUCAACCCGGACUGUGAGCGUGCCUGCCGGUACCACCCGACCUUCUUCAACGACGUCUUCAGCACCCUGUACCUGGACGAGCCCAGCAACUGCCACGUCACCCGCAUCGUCUAGGUGCCCGCUGGCCCUCUGCUUGUGCUUGCCGUGGGCGGAUUCCAGCCUCGGGUCUCUGAGGUGCUUCUGCAAAGUCCCCCGUCCUCUGCCCCUCUGGGCACAGGCAGGCCAUGUCCCAGUAUCACAGCCCGGGGGCUCAGGGUCAGUCAGGGUCCCCAGGGCUGAGUGCCAGGCUGCUGUCUACUCUGUCCUCAGCACCGUCUGUGCUGCGAUAUCCUCAGCUCAGCCCAGGCAUUUAUUGCUGAAAGUCUGGUGCCUGGGGUGUUGGCGACCGAGAGGUUUUGGGGAGCAUGAUGAGGUGUCCUCAGAAACAGGGUUCCCCAGGAGUGCCUGUUGGGGCCCAAACGUUAACACGGCCGUUCCGGCUCUUCUCCAGAGUCUGCUCGUGCCCUGUGGCUCCCGGAGCAGAGCCAGGGUCCCACGCUCUUCCCCCCGGGGCCCUGCGUGACAGGCACCCCCAGAAUGCCCUGGGGAACCUGCUAACCAGACCCAGCCUUCUCGCCCCCCACCCCCACCCCAGUCUACCGGAACCUGCACCAGCACACCUCCACCUUGUGUUGCCGUAGCCUUUCCGUUUGUCAAGGGCCGGCCCAUCCUCCUGGUCCCUGUGGACCCAGUGGCCUGCCUGGCACUGCACUGGUUCCGCCUUUGGGUUUGGGUUUGGAGACGGGGAUUUGGGGCAAGGGACCAGCGUGGGCCGUGGAGCAGCAGACAGUGGAUGGCUUCGAAAGACAACUCCACCAAGAGCUUCACGUUAGAUGCCAUCUUCCCACUAGUCUUGCGUCAAAAUGUUUCAAUUUUGUUACUUUCAUUUAUGGGAAGAAAAUGUAAAGUUCUCGUUCUUAAUGUUGUUUCUGAAAUGUGGGGGCAGAUGCCAGCAUAUGUGUCACCACAGUGCGUCCAGUCCCAGGUGGGCAGGUGACCCCAGGGGUGUGAGGCGGCUGCCAGCUGUGUGUGUGUGGGUGUGUGUGUGUGUGUGUGUGUAUGCGGUGGGGGUGCUUGUUUCACGCUGAAGCCAACAACAGUCCCUGUCGUGAAACGACUCGGUGGUCCCUCCCAUCUCUGUGUGGCUUUGUCUGUCCAUCCCUCUGUUACCCAGAACGUCAGCCCUUCCUCCAGCCCGGUAGCAGGUGGGAAACCUCGUCUCUGGUUUUCUCCCUGGGAAUGCUGCUGGCGUCCCGUUCCCUACCUAACGGGGUUUGUACCGCAAUAAAGUACGUCUUCUGUA